UCACCUGAACGAGGAGCCGUCGUCCCCGUCCCUGGAGCAGAGUCCGUACAUCCUGGUGGAGAACUACCCCGUCACAUUCACCUGCACAGGUGGCAUGGGCAGGCCAGAGAGCAGCUUCAAGUGGUUCGUGUACAAGUCCACCCACCGGGAUUUCGUCGAGGAGGUGGAAAUGUCGGGCAUCUCUAGUCUGGAUCGGAGCACGGGUAGCUGUUCUCCUCGGGGACACAGCACCCUGGCUAUCAUGAUCACCCGAGCGGACCAGAGAGUGAAAUGUGUGGUCCAGCAGCAGACGGGCAAGGAGACGGUGGAGGUGUCCGAUGAGCGGGUGCUCGAUGUCCAGUACUCCGUGACAGACACCGAGGUAGGUGUGAAGGUAAAUGAGAAGUUCAAAGAAACAGCCGAGGAGAUUCUUGUUCGGCAAGGUGACUCUGUUCGGCUCACAUGCCAGUCACGCGGGAACCCCGAGCCCAUAUUCAGCUGGAGUUACCUCCCGUUACAAGGUCACACCAAAGGCAGCGGCCUGAAUGUCCUAGCAGAACAACCCGACUUACUCCUGACAAACGUAACCAGCAACCACAGUGCCUCUUACGUGUGUGUGGCAACAAACUUCAUUCGGGGGAAAAAACAAACAGAAACAAAAACUGUGCGCAUAAUUGUAAAAGAGAAAAUGUUUUCCAACACGAGGAGACUGGAAAAUGAAUCUGGAUUCACUAAUCCGGCUCUUCGUUACGGGAUGAUCGUGGGCACCGUACUGGGUUCCAUGAUCCUGGUACUACUCAUCUCAUUACUGUCUGUGAUAAUCUACAGAAGAUGUACUCGCAUGGAGGACAGGAAGUACUUGGUGCAAUACCAAGGAGUGAAGGCGUGACACGCCAUCAAGCCAUCAAUCUUGUCAUCCUAGAGUCUCAUCACGUGCCAAAUCUCACAGCAUUAUGUGUUUCCAUGGGAACUUCAGCAUCUAUAUUCUAUUUUAAAAAAGACAUAUGUACAGACCCAUUAUCAUUGGUCUUUUUGUAUAUUUCUAUGAUGGACUGUCAUUGGCUUCAGUAUUAUAAAAGAAUCCAUGCAUUUAAUAUAAAUUUCCCGCCAGCUGACAAAGAUCAAAGAAGAGUGCGCUGAGAAAUAAUCGAGGUGAGUGUAUCUUAUGAGCCUUUGUGACUUCUGGUAUCUAAGUUGUAUGCAUGUUGGCUAAUUAUGUCGUGUUGGUUAAUUAUGUCG